UUCCCACAAAUCUUACUUCCGUAAAUCCCAGAGCCUGAAAGAACAAAGUAUUUACUUCAAGUUUAUUCAGUCGUCAACAGAAGGAAGCGAAUAACCGGCAACUACAGCAAAUGCCUUCAUUUCUUGAUAUGCAUGGUAUUGACCCAUCGAACAAAAUAUACACUGGCAAGGUGUGAGAGCCUGCUCUGAUGCUCGGUGAUGGAAGGAGACGUACGCAACAAGGCGAGAGCCUCAUGGGACAUGGGGUCUUUGCCGCCUGUAGAGUGCCUUCGCAUUGAGAGGUCUGACAGCCCCACUCCGGACCUGGUGGAGGGUACAGAGCCAGGCGCAGGUCAACAGGCGGCCAUGUUUGUCCACUCUCGGUCUGUGGAGGACUUGCCGGCCGAGGCGGACGAGGAUGCGGAGUCUCGGGUUGAGCCUCAGCCCGUUGCCGACGGUGACCCCGGGUCGUCAGAGACCUUGGGUACCUCAGAGAACGGGCUGCAGGUGGAGGAGAACAUCAUUGAGGUGGCGCAGGCUCCCAAGGAGAGCUCCUGGGCAGGGAGCCGGACCAAGGAGGAGGACAUCUGCAGUGACGGGUGGCGCAGCCACAGGAAGCAUGUGUUUGUGCUGAGCGAAGCGGGCAAGCCCAUCUAUUCCCGCUAUGGGACAGAGGAGGCACUGUCGAGCACCAUGGGCGUCAUGAUGGCCCUCGUUUCCUUCGUGGAGGCGGACAAGAACAUCAUCCGCUCCAUCCACGCUGACGGAUACAACGUGGUGUUUCUCAGCAAGAGCCCUCUGGUGCUGGUGGCCGUGUCCCAGACCCGCCAGUCCGACAAGGAGAUGAUCCGCGAGCUGCAGUACAUCUACUACCAGAUAGUGAGCCUGCUCACCCUCACCCAGCUCAACCACAUCUUCCAGGCCAAGCAGAACUACGACCUGCGGCGGCUGCUGGCCGGCUCCGAGCACCUCAUCGACAACCUCCUGCGGCGGCUGGACCGCGACCCGGGCCUGCUGCUCAGCGCCGUCACCUGCCUGCCCCUUCCCAGCUCCAGCAGGGACGUGGUGUCGGCCAGCCUGCAGGCCGCCAAGGCCCCGAGCCUGGUGUUCUCCAUCCUGAUGGCGGGGGAGCGCCUGGUCACGCUGGUGAGGAAGAAGGACCAGUACCUGCACCACAUGGACCUGCACCUGGUCUUCAACCUUGUGUGCUCCUCCUCCUCCUCCUUCAGGGAGGGCGAGGGCUGGACGCCCAUCUGUCUGCCAAAGUUCAACAGCGCCGGCUUCUUCCACGCGCACAUCUCCUACCUGGAGCCGGCGUCAGAGCUCUGCCUCAUCCUGGUGUCCACCGACCGCGAGGAGUUCUUCAGCUUGUCUGACUGCAAGCAGCGCUUCCUCGAGAGGCUGCGCAAGCGCAAUGCCUACCAGGCCCUGAAGGAGGCAGUGAAGACCCCCAGCUACUCGGUGGACCUGGUGGGCAUUCCGGAGCUCCGGCACUUCCUGUACAAGUCCAAGAGCUCAGGGCUGUUCACCAGUCCUGAGUUACCGGGCGUGUACCAGUCUGAAGAGGGGCAGGAGAGGCUGAUGGGACUGUACCAGGAGCUCCACAGCCGCCUGCACCACUCCACCAGACCCCUGCUCUCCAUCUACCGCUGUGGGGAGACAGAGAACUUCAUGGCCUGGUUGACCAGCGGCUUUGAGCUCUACCUGUGCCUGACCCCGCUGGUGACCAAGGUGCAGGCUGUGUCUGCGGUCAACAAGCUGCUCAAGUGGAUAAGGAAGGAGGAGGACCGUCUCUUCAUCCUCAGCCCUCUCACCUACUGAGCCUGAAGACAUGUGCCAUGACCAUGGGUAAAUUAGUGUUCCCAAGCCCGCCUGAGGCUACUAUUAGUGCCUUAUUAACAUAGGACUCCCCUGGAGCUGAACGUAAGCUUCCCGGGACCAGAGGUUAUUGUGUCCAUGAUGCUGUAUUGCCAGUUGUGAAUGAUGGCCAUUAAUAAUAAAAUGCUAAUGUCAAUCCAGAA